GGCGGGGCAAGAUGGCGGCCACGAUGCCCGGCGUCUGCUGGGUUCGCGCCGCCGCAGCGCUGCUCCUAGGGUGCUGCGGCGCAGCGCUCGCCAGCGGCGUCCAGGAUCAAGCGGAACAGUUCUUUAGAAGUGGACACACUAAUAAUUGGGCAGUUUUGGUGUGUACCUCUCGAUUUUGGUUUAAUUAUCGUCAUGUGGCAAAUACUCUUUCAGUAUAUAGAAGUGUCAAGAGACUGGGCAUUCCUGAUAGCCACAUUGUCCUGAUGCUGGCGGAUGAUAUGGCAUGUAAUCCCAGAAAUCCCAAACCAGCUACUGUCUUUAGUCAUAAAAACAUGGAGCUAAAUGUCUAUGGUGAUGAUGUGGAAGUGGAUUACAGAAGCUAUGAGGUUACUGUUGAAAAUUUCUUGCGUGUAUUAACAGGAAGAAUCCCACCAAGUACACCACGAUCUAAACGUCUUCUUUCUGAUGACAGAAGCAAUAUUCUAAUAUAUAUGACAGGCCAUGGUGGAAAUGGUUUCCUAAAAUUCCAGGAUUCUGAAGAAAUCACAAACGUAGAACUUGCUGAUGCCUUUGAACAAAUGUGGCAGAAAAGAAGGUACAAUGAAUUGUUGUUUAUUAUUGAUACUUGUCAAGGAGCAUCUAUGUAUAAACGAUUUUACUCACCUAAUAUAAUGGCCUUGGCUAGUAGCCAAGUAGGAGAAGAUUCCUUAUCACAUCAACCUGAUCUUGGGAUUGGCGUUCAUCUUAUGGACAGAUACACAUUCUAUGUACUAGAGUUCUUGGAAGAAAUUCAUCCAGCCAGUCAGACAAACAUGAAUGACCUAUUUCAGGUCUGUCCAAAAAGUUUGUGCGUUUCAACACCUGGACACCGAACUGAUCUCUUUCAGCGAGACCCACGAGAUGUUCUGAUAACAGAUUUCUUUGGCAGUGUGAGAAAGGUGGAGAUUACAUCAGAGACAGUUUCUUUGGAGAGCAACCUAUCUGGUUUUGAAAGCAAGCUUCCAAAGGAUGAGUUGGCAGCAGAACCACUAAAAUAUGCAGAACAACUUCCUGUAGCUCAAAUAAUACACCAGAAACCAAAACAAAAGGACUGGCAUCCUCCUGGAGGAUUUAUUUUAGGACUCUGGGCAUUGAUCAUCAUGGUUUUCUUCAAAACAUAUGGAAUCAAGCACAUGAAACACAUCUUCUGAAUUUGAGCAAGCAGGAUGAUUGCAUUGGCUGCUACUUUGGAUUCAUUGGUGUCAUUUGAGUUCUCCAAAUGUGUAUUGUGGAUGUUAGUGAAAAGGUUUAAA